CUGCCUGCAGCUUUGUUGACAGGAUGAGGUAAAGGGGCUUGGUACGCCGUGGACUAGUGAAACCUUCGAUCCUGGUGGCUUCCUGUAGGACAAGCCACUAGAAAGACGACGGCUUGCAGUUGCCGGUACGUGCGCUACCACGGUAUGCGUUGGAGCAACCAGAGUGUCAACUCUCCAAAAGGAGGAUAUCCGACAUUACUCACAGCUACUACGACUAGUUGGGCGAGGUGUCGAAUCGACCUUUUAAGUGCACUGGUCGUCUACCCUUGAAAGGUUGUGCAUACCCUUCGGCUUGAACCUUUCUGUAUUUUGUUCCCAUUAUCUGCGAAUUGACAACGGCAAUCAUGGGCUUUGCAGCGUACAAAGCCCGUCUGAAUGACAUCGUAUCUGGCUCUAUUGUGGGGAGGUACUUCCACCUUGAGGGAUCUGGUCAUCCCAAUGAGAUCAAGGGCGCGAGAUUCACCACCGAGUUGCGAGCUGGGCUGACCACAUUCUUCACCAUGGCGUACAUCAUUGCUGUCAAUGCUUCCGUACUCACUGACUCCGGUGCCACAUGUGUCUGUAACGAUACAAUCGAUCCUACAUGUCUUAAGGAUGCGGCUUACAACCUCUGUCUUGUUGAAGUCAACCGAGAUCUCGUCACUGCCACUGCUGCGAUCGCUGCCUUUGGUUCUUUCCUUAUGGGAAUCAGCUCCAACCUUCCAGUUGCGGUUGCACCUGCCAUGGGUCUCAACGCCUAUCUUGCCUAUCAGAUUGUUGGCUUCCACGGAACUGGGCCGAUCAACUACCGCGUUGCCAUGAUGGCAGUGUUUGUCGAAGGCUUCAUCUUCAUCGCUCUUUCUCUUCUCGGAAUUCGUCAAUGGCUGGCUCGCAUCAUCCCCGCUUCCAUCAAGGUUGCUUGCGGUGCCGGUAUCGGUCUCUUCCUCACACUGAUCGGUCUGUCUUACUCUGCUGGUAUUGGUGCUAUCACCGGCUCAAAGGCCACCCCUCUUGAGCUUGGUGGCUGUCCUCCACAGUACCUCGACGAUGAUACUGGCGCCUGUCUUUCUCACAAGGCGACUUCGCCUACCAUGUGGCUUGGCUUCAUGGUUGGUGGAGUGUUAACCGCUCUUCUCAUGACAUACAAGGUUCGCGGUGCUAUGAUCGUCGGUAUCGCUCUGGUAUCCAUCUUCUCCUGGCCUCGCGACACCUCUAUCACAUUCUUCCCGCGUACCGAAGUUGGUGACUCUCGGUUCGAGUUUUUCAAGAAUGUGGUCGCUUUCCACCCCAUCAAGAGAACCUUGGCUGUCCAAGACUGGACCCUCUCCACAAUCGACGGCGACGUCGCUGGCCAAUUCAUCCUUGCUGUCUUUACCAUGCUGUACGUCGAUAUUCUGGACGCCACUGGCACCCUGUACUCUAUGGCUCGUUUCUCUGGUGUCGUUGACCCCGACACUGGUGAUUUUCCCAAGAGCACCAUUGCCUACAGUGCCGACGCAUUUGCUAUCUCCAUUGGUUCUCUCUUUGGUUCCUCACCUGUCACGGCUUUCGUUGAGUCUGGCUCUGGCAUCCAAGAGGGCGGUCGCACUGGUUUGACAGCCAUGACUACAGGAAUCUGCUUCUUCAUCUCGCUGUUCUUUGCACCCAUCUUCGCUUCCAUCCCACCCUGGGCGACUGGUGGAGCUUUGAUCCUCGUCGGUUGCAUGAUGAUGCGCGGAAUGACGGCCAUCAACUGGAACUAUCCCGGCGACUCGAUCCCGGCCUUUGUCACUCUGAUGUUCAUGCCCUUCUCAUACUCGAUUGCGUACGGCCUGGUCGCUGGUAUCAUGUGCUACGCCAUCCUCAAUACCUUCACCUGGGCUCUUGGUGCUGUCUCGCGCGGUCGCAUUUUGCCUCCUGAUUAUGACGACAAGGAGUACUGGAGCUUCCGCGCCGACUCUGCUCGCAACCAGCCUUGGUUCAUUCGCGCCAUCAAGGGCGACAAGCGUUUCUGGAGGCCCGAGUCGAACGACUCAUUCGAGCUUCAGUCUGCGGAGAUUCGAACCAAAGAAUAGGCCGCCUUCACUCGUGUUGAUAUCAACGUAUUUCAAGAACUUUAGCAAUGGGGCAAGUCCACCUCAAAACAUAGACUAUACACGCUGCACCACACUUCGUGAUCCAACUUUCGCUUAGUCUGUCAGGCACACCCACAUGAAAUCACAAGGGAGCACAAAGUCAUUACUCUACAUGCACUUAGUCUAAUCGCCGCUUACGUCUGGGCAUAUGCUGAGCAGAUUGAGUGAAAUAUUAGCACCCC